AUGCGUCCCAUGACCAGCUCGGAAAGCGGAUCCCUCCCCGAUGCUGUCGUUCCUCGUGGAGAGCUCGUUCCAUUCUCUCAAUCCCGACUCAAAAAAGAAGAGAAUGAGCUCAAACAGGCCAUGGAAGUCGUCGCGGAGCUAAAUCCAGCUCGAAAUGGAAAAGCUGUGACCUUGGUUGAGAUCAACCGUUGGGCUGAUCGACACAUCACUCAAGACGCCCGUGAGCGUAAACCUUGCGCAAGCCUUCAUGUGUUCUGGGUUGACCCGGAAAACAUUCGAAAGGCGAGAAAAGGUCCCGGAACCCAAGUCAACGAUCGAGUGUAUCGAAAGCUUGCGCAUGCACGCCUGGCUGCAAAGACCGAAGAGCAUCGGCCGGAAACAUCCUCCCAGGAUGACGGCGACGACGACGACGACGACGACGUCUCUGAUUGGACCCAGGUCGAGCAUCAACUCUGGCUCAGGCAGCUAUCUAGUGCUCCCGAGUACCACGGUCAAUGGACUUCAUACCAAGCGUCCCCUCCCAGAUACCCCAUAGUCAAAGAUGGGGUACUUUCGCUGCUGUCUUCAGCACCUCGGGGCGGCUAUGGCCACAAGUCGAUCCAAUUCAAGGUCGAGAAUCCAAAGGCUUACGAACAGCAUGAGUUCCAGCCCAACUUUGGCUUUUGGCCUGAGUAUCACCUUGAUCCGCAGCACUUUCGCGAUCAGUUCUUCCUCUGGAUUCGCAGUCUCCCGGAACCAGGCAAGGUAGUUGAUAUCCACCACGCUGCGUUUUUCGAUGGAACUUCCUGCCCGGAUGGCGCUUCUUCGAUGAUAAUCAUGAAAGACAAGCAUCGCAUCUGCACUCGACAUGACGAUGAUGAGCAAACUCGUCUUCAUUGGCAUGAGACAGCCGCCGGAUACAGCUGGAACUUCGGCACUCAGAUGAAGGCAAAAGCCAUUAUUCGGCUUCGGGAAUCGCAAAGAAUCAUGGCAGCCCGAGGCACUCUGGAGCCGUCGACCCAGCGGCUUCAUCACUAUCUUGUCCUCCGCCCUUGCGAACCAGAUGAUGCCGACGACCUCAUUGCCCUGUUCAACUGGUACGCGGAAAAUACCACUUUUCUUCCGAGAGACACUCCAAUCACCAAGCCCGAUAUCCUUCAACUCAUCCAGCUUUGUCGUGAGCGGAGCCUGCCAUUCGUCGUUGCCGUUCCAGACACACGAAUCAAGGUAUAUGAGAGACGUCCUGACGAACCUCCGAUACUCGGGUUUGCCUAUGUCAGAAGAUUCAAUGAUGAGGAGUUGACGGGAGAAGUUCGAGUUUUCGUGGACCGCACCUGCACGAGACUUCGCAUUGGAACCGCCCUUCUUGACCUGAUCAUGCGUACUUGCGAUGCCAACUGGAAACGCGAUGGACCCCGCCCUUAUGACUUCAUACCACAGGAUGGGUUGGAGUAUGGUGAGGCUUACCAGUGCAAUGUCACCAGCUUGGUCUUUUCUAUCGCGUAUGAGCCCUCGAGGGACCGUCAAUAUGCAUGGGUUAGACAAUGGCUCUCGAGAAGGUUCGGGUUUGUACAGCUUGGUCAUAUCAAGGAUGGAAGAGUCAAAUUUGGCUAUCGGUAUGUGUUUGCUUUCAUCCUAAUGAUCCCCUCAGCUCGAUGCUGA